AGCAUAGGGCGAAUGGAAAGGAGCCGGAAAUCCUGGCGAGGUUUACAGACUUCCGAGGCGCUCCGCACGAACACACCGGGACACCGGGACCGGGGAGGCUUACCGACCGUCGGGGACCAGAUACCACCGCCGUGGACGAACCGGGAUCCAAUCGCUGUAUAUACGGGCUUUCGAAACGCAAAGUUUGAUAAAAAAAAUUGUGUCGCUCAGAAAGCGACGCCGCAGUCCGCCGUGGUGAUGAGACCGAGGAACUACAGAUAUAUAUAUAAAUAUAUAUAUCAAUGCAUAUUAUAAUAUAUAUCAAUGUAUAUAUCAAUAUAUCUAACCAGACGGUUCGACUGCGGUCCACGGUAUUUACAUGCAGUGUUGUCGGAUAAUACGAGCUUUAUCUGGCGUCUGCUGGUCUCCGGAGGACGGCGGCCGCUGACGCGUUGAUCUGCAGCGGAGCCACAAAGUAGCGGGAAGAGCUGCGGCGCCACAACACCGGGCGACCCCCCUAAGGGCUACUGGGACCAGGGCGACUGAGACCAGGGCGACUAGGACCUGUCUACGGUCCGGCAGGGUCCUACCUCUCAACAGGCCUCGGGGUUGGGAUCCAGGGUGAGUGGAGGACCGACGGGAGGACUCAUGAAGUUUGGGUCCACAGCAGGGGGGGGCGGAGACUGGGAGCAGGAGACGAACUGCUCAGCUAGGGUGGAACGUCUACCUCUGUGUCGUUGGAGAUGCUUAACUGUGGGUUGUUGUGUUUGUUAUGCAUUGACUGUUAUCUUCCAGUAGUAAAGUCGUAACUGUUUGGUCUUAACUGAAAUACAACAGAUUCAAACCCAAACUGUGUGGCCUGUGUGACAUGUGUUCAUAGUGAUGGUGUUGUGUCUAGUGGAUUUGGUUAUAUCAUAAAAGCGUAGUAGACUGGUGAGGUUAUGUAUUUAUGUAUUCUGCCUGAGGUCUACACCUUAUCCAUCAGCUGGAACUCUUUAGGAAUUUAAUAUAUUCAAAUAUAUCAAUAACAUUUAACUUGAGUAUAAGCAAACAUUGGAGGCUGUUUGUAAUUCUUGCCACAUCUCAUUUAUGAAGAUUAUUUGUUAUUUUCUUUGCAUCAUCUAAUUUAGACGAAUUGGCCUGUACAUAAACAACAUUAGCUCUGUUAAUAUUACCAUCUGGAUGUGAGUCCACUGAACUGAUAGUGAGCUGCUGUAAAGAUCUCCUUUAAAUAUCAACACUCAUCUUUUUCGUAUUUCCUUCAAACGAUUGUGUAAUAAAGGAUUUUAGUUUUGUAUGAAUGUAUGUUGUCUGUUCCCCCCCGUGGUGCACUGCUAUGGGUGCCACCGCGACAUGUGUCCGUCAGACUCUUAUUUUGAAAGCGCCUCCCGGAUGUGUUAGGCUGGUUCAAGAUGGCCGAGUAUUUGGCGUCCAUCUUCGGCACAGAAAAAGACAAGGUCAACUGUUCUUUUUAUUUUAAAAUCGGUGCGUGUCGUCAUGGUGACCGCUGCUCCCGGUUACACAACAAACCCACCUUCAGCCAGACGAUUGCCCUCUUGAACAUUUACCGCAACCCCCAGAACAGCGCCCAGUCCGCGGACGGCCUGAACUGUGCCGUCAGUGACGUGGAGAUGCAGGAACAUUAUGAUGAGUUCUUUGAGGAGGUCUUCACAGAGAUGGAGGAGAAGUAUGGCGAGGUGGAGGAGAUGAACGUGUGCGAUAACCUCGGAGACCAUCUGGUCGGUAACGUCUAUGUGAAGUUCCGUAAAGAGGAGGACGCGGAGAAGGCGGUCAUGGACCUGAACAACCGCUGGUUCAACGCCCAGGCCGUCCACGCAGAGCUGUCCCCCGUCACCGACUUCAGAGAGGCCUGCUGCCGGCAGUACGAGAUGGGGGAGUGUACCCGCGGCGGCUUCUGUAACUUCAUGCACCUGAAACCCAUCUCCCGGGAGCUGAGGAGGGAGCUGUACGGCCGCCGCAGGAAGAGCGGACAGAGGACCGGGUCCAGGUCCCGGGAGAGGCGAUCCCGCUCCAGGGACCGAGGGAGAGGGAGUGGGCGGGACCGCGAGAGGCGUCGGUCGCGGGACCGGGAACGUUCUGGAAGGUUCUGAGAGCAGCGGAGUCCGGAGCCCCGGCCCGACGGAAGCUGACCGCGACGGGAAGCAGCGAGACGUUGAUGUUGUUGGAAUUCUUUGUUUGUUUUUCCUCUUUAUAUAUUUUUAUUUUGUCAAAAUACUUUUAACUUGUCAUUAAAUUGAAACUAUUUGUACUGAUUCUGCCUCGUAUUCAUGAUUGAAUCUGUUGAUUGUGUUGUCUGAACUGUGUAGAGACACAUGGGACCAUACCGCUAGCCUGACAUGGACAGAACACCAAAGGUUUCUGUGUCAGCGCUAAGUUUAUCUGGAUAACCACAUGAAACAUGUUAACCUUCACCUGUUUUAUUAAAGGACAAUCUGAAAGCAGAAAUGUCUCUGUGCAGUUGUACAGCAAUCAGGGCCUUGCUGUUAUCACUCAUAAUGUUGAACUAAAGGGCGUAAAACAAAUACCACCCACUGUUUGCACUGGUCUGGACCGCCUGCUGGAGAAGCUCCAUGGACCAGAGACACAAAACACCUAACAGCUCUGGACCAGAGACACACAACACCUAACAGCUCUGGACCAGAGACACACAACACCUAACAGCUCUGGACCAGAGACACACUACACCU